AACUUUAACUGCUUGCGCUUGAUCAAAAUCAUCACUUACGUCAUCUAUUGCCAUCUCAACAAAAUUGCACAAAAAAUCAGUCCACCGUAGGGGCUUCUAACAAAAAUAAAAUCUGGCCUCCUAGUAUGUAACAGCCCAGAAGACUCAAAUGGACCAUAACAAAUACUGAGAUUUCUCCUCGAAAAUCACAACUAUCCAAAUCUAAUACAAACUCUUUUCCCACUAUCGAUGGAGAAUCACUCGUACAAUUCGUACCCGGAAUCCGGCGACUCAUCGCCACGAUCCCGAGAAAUCGAAUUCGAAAACCCACCGCCAUGGGAGGAUGGGCAGAUGCCAAUAAAUUACAAAGUCAAGUUGAUGUGCAGUUAUGGCGGAAAAAUCCACCCUCGUCCUCAUGACAACCUGUUAUCUUAUGUCGGGGGUGAGACCAAAAUCUUGGCAGUUGAUCGAAACAUCAAAUUUGGGUCUCUGCUUUCGAAGCUGAUUGCUUUGUGUGAUAAUGAUAAUAUUUCGUUUAAAUAUCAGUUUCCUGGUGAAGAUCUGGACGCUUUGAUCUCGGUUACGAAUGAUGAUGAUUUGGAGCAUAUGAUGCAUGAGUAUGAUCGGCUGUACAGGAUUUCUCCAAAACCUGCGAGGCUAAGGCUGUUUAUUUUUUCGAAUCCGCGUGGGAGUUUGAAUUCUUCAGCGAGGAGUUUUGGAUCGGAUGAGGUGAAAUCGGAAAAGGAGAGGUUUGUGGAGGCGUUGAACACGGGGCUUGUACUGGCGGCUUCACCUCCGCCUGCAGCUGCGGUGGCGGCGGAGGCCGUGACUGUUUUGCCUAAGCCACCGCCACCGAACAAUAAUGUGGAUUUCUUAUUUGGCUUGGAGAAAGGAAAUGGAAUGGUGCCUCUACCGCCUCCAACGACGAAAAAGGUUCAGGAGAGGGAGGAUCCUGCUGUUACAAAUUUAGAGGAGAAGUUGAUCGGAUCAGAUCCGAUCCAGAAGCACAUUCAAGAUCUGCAUAGGCUGAAGCUUGAAGAGCAACAAGGGAUAUAUAAAAAAAAGAGCGAUGAUAAUCUCACCGGAGGAUUCACUGGCGGAGAAUACUAUAAGGUGCAGGAGAAAGUGACACCGGUCACUAUGCCGGGAGGCGUUCCAAUGCCUACUGGGUAUUGGCCAGAGAAGCAGGUCAGCGGCAGAGGCGUAUUUCCGGCAAGUUCUCUGAACACGGAACAUCAAGUUUACAUUAUCCCCGGUCCAGCAGCGGGUGCAUAUCACGGGCCUCCGAUGGUGAGGCCCGUGAGUGGACCUAACGGCCAGGGAUACUACGCUGUCCAAAAGAUUCCACCGGAGGUUUACCGUGACCAACCACCAGUAUACAACGUCAUGACAUCAAUACCACCACCACCACAGGCAGCCGUGCCAUCCAUGGCGGCAGCGCCAUCGACCCUGCCGCCGCAGAAGUUAACUGGGUAUUCCGAAGGCUACGGGAUGGUGAGACCCACAACCACAGGCAGUGGCGGAGGAGUUGGGAUUGUGACGGAGGCGGGUUACCCGCAGGUGGCGUACGAGGGCGGAAUUGGUAGACAGGUGAUGUACACAGCAGCGCCGGGAGGAGUAAUCGGGGCGCCACCGCAAGUUCAACAGACUCAAUAUCAAGCAACGACAGUAGCUGCAGAAUUGAGAUCGGCCGGCAGCGUUGAAUCUGGAAGCAGCAGGGGUUGAUUUUAAGGUUUGUGAUUAUCAUGCUGUAAUAUAGGAUUUGAAUUUAUGAAGAAAUAAUUUCAGUGUUUAAUAGACUACCGUGUAUUUUUGCACUUUUUACUUUGUUCUAAUUGAAAUUCUCAGUUCUGGAUACAAUUAUCUUUUCAA